AUGAGCGGAACUAGAAAGAGACGGCGAAGCUCUAUGUAUAACGAGGCAGUGGUGAUCACCACUCCCGAUGGCGGCGGCUUCGGACUCGGUCCAGGCACGAUAACAAUGGCCGUUGGAGAGCCUACAGAGGUUUAUAAACCACCAAUGAGCUCCACUCUCGCAAAUUCGGCCGUUGAGCUCACCCCUGCGAAGACCAUCGAGGGCACAACGGCAACCAUCGCCGCCCAGCCGACAAUCAUCAGCAUACACGCACCAGACGGGGUUUGUAAAUAUGUUAAUGGCGGAGCCUUUCUUAUCUACAUCAUUUGGGACGUUUUUGAUUGGACUUCUGACGAAAAAGAUUUCUCAAGUCUGGCCUCCGCCUUUCACGACAAAAUUAAUUCGAAAGGUUGCCUUGUCAGUAAUUUCCAGUGGAAAGAAUUUGUCGACGGGUACGGUCCCUCGUUUUCAUUCAAUACCCCACCCAGUUGGAGGGUGGAAGGGUUCAAACCCAUGUGUCGAAGACGCCAUAAAAGACCUUGGUGGCCCAGAGACAUUGUGUGA